CCCCUCGCCCUCCCCUGCAUAAUAAAAAGCGAAAAACACUGGCCAACAAAAAUAAAAUCAGAAUAAUAAUGAAGCUCGCACUUCUCAACAGUGAGCCUCAAGAUCGGCCCUAGGCUUCCUCGCUUCCCCUCUCUCUCUCUGAACUUUGCUGUAGUAUUGUUUUAUUUGUUAAUUCCAGCCCGCCCGCCCGCCCUAAGGAAAAAACUCUCGAAAGCUAGAUUACAUUUGUUUUUACCGUGUGUAUUGUCCAAUUCUUUAUCGGCAUUGAAUUGGUAUAAUUAUUCAACUAUAUGUGUCUGGAAUUAUAUCAAUCUCAGCUGUUAUUUACUUUUAUAUACGUUUUUUUUUAAAUUAAGGUUGGUGUGUUGAAAUGAAGGUGAUUUGUGGAGAGGAAUAAUUGCGGUUGGUGGGAGUUGUGAUUGAUCGGAGGCCUUCUAUUACGUCAGAUUGAUUGAUUGAUUGAUUGGGGUUUGCAAAUGCCGGAGGAAGACUUGGUAGAGCUUAAGUUCCGAUUGUAUGAUGGAUCCGACAUCGGCCCCUUUCGAUACUCGCCGGCCGCCACUGUGGCCAUGCUCAAGGAAAGAAUUGUUGCUGAGUGGCCCAAAGCUCCACCUUGUUCGAGUCUUGAUUACUGUAAUCCACUGGUAAUCAAGGAAUUCAUAAUGCAGAUUACCUCUUAUCAUUCGCUGAAAUUCUUGUCUAGUUUUUCCCAUUCUUCUGAUGGAGGCCCUUUCACAUUUGAGAAUGUAGCUCCAGGCCAAGGGCUUCGAGUAAAGGUUGAAUGUAGUGAGGGAUGCAGAGAGGAGGAUUUCUCCGGUGGCAAAGCCAAGUGCAGGAUCAAUUUAUGUUUUUAUCGUGCUGGGGAGUGGGCCGAGGCCCUUUCACAUUUUCAAGUAAAGGUCGAAUGUAGUGGGGGAUGCAGAGAGGAGGGUUCUUUGAGCUAUAAAAAAAUUGUGCCGAAGGCAGCGAAUGAUGUGAAAUUGAUAAGUGCUGGGAAAAUUUUGGAAAACAACAAGACCGUUGGCCAGUGCAAAACGCCUUUUGGUGACCUUCCAAAAGGGAUAAUCACCAUGCAUGCUGUUGUACAGCCGUCUUUGGCAAAAGCAAAAACAGAAAAGAAGGUUGAUGAGUCUCCAAAGAAAAGCAUUUGUGCAUGUUCCAUAUUGUAAGGGAGUUAAGUUUGAUUCAGACUAAAUCUUGUGGGGAAACAAUUGAGUUGUGGGGAAACACAAUAAUUUGUAAACAGUACCAUACCACAUUGUUACAUGUUUGUUGGAGGGCAUGCCUGUGUAACCGUGCAUGUUGAUUAUGAUGUAUGCGCAUUUUAUGAAUUUGGUGCUUGAUUGUAAAUUUGUAGCUGCAGCUUUUUUACAAUAUUAAUACAGAGGUUAUGGCUCGACACCCUGCAAAGGGCUUAUACGGGUAGCUUUAUGUCAACAAUGCACGUGGGGUGUUUAUUGGUUGUAGUGCUGCAAAGCCUUAAACCUAUUGUUUGUUCUGCAACCAAGUUGUUGUAGGUUGAUGAAUUGAACUGCUGUUCAUUAUGUUUGGUCAAUACUGGUUGUGGUGAUUGUCAUGCAGACAUGGGUCAGGUGUGGGUG